ACUUUUCAUUCAGUGGAGACUCCAACUGGAUCUCUCUCUUCUAUCCAGAAAAUAUGAAGAAGCCCUGGAGCCCUGAUUUACCAGUUGAUAACCACACAUACAAUUCAGAUUUCACAUCCGUCCUGGACAGGGAAGAUGAGAAAGAAUUAGCACCUGAUGCCACUGAAGAAAAGAAGGAGAGAGAAAAGAAACACACCAAUUUCACUUUAUGUAAUGUUUGUAACAUUCAGCUGAACUCUGCUGCUCAGGCACAAAUCCACUACAAUGGCAAAUCCCAUCAGAAGAGGUUGAAACAGCUCAGCAAUGGAAAUCUCAAAAGUGAUAAUGGUGGUACGUGCCAGAGCCCUGCUCUUCCAGCCCUAGUGCGUCCUCCUGCUCCACCUUUGCAGCCAUCGCUGGAUAUUAAACCAUUUCUUCCGUUUCCUCUGGACACUGCCGCAGCAGUCAAUCUCUUCCCCAACUUCAAUGCAAUGGACCCAAUUCAAAAAGCUGUAAUAAAUCAUACAUUUGGGGUUCCUCUUCCUCAUCGAAGAAAGCAAAUCAUAUCAUGCAACAUUUGCCAGCUGAGAUUUAAUUCUGAUAGCCAGGCUGCGGCCCACUACAAAGGCACUAAACAUGCCAAGAAGCUCAAAGCACUGGAAGCCAUGAAAAAUAAGCAGAAAUCUGUUACUACCAAGGACAGCGCAAAGACUACCUUCACUUCCAUCACUACCAAUACCAUCAAUACCAGCUCUGACAAAACAGAAGAAAUUGGAAGGUUGAAAUCACCCUCCAGCAAUCCCCCAGACCUUACACAGAAUUAUUCUGAAUUAUUAAAAAGCAAAACAAAACCUAUCACCUCUAAAGUGGAGAAAAUCCCCACGACAGCCACUAGCAGCACCACAUGCCCUUCCGUUGAGACUGAGGAAGAAAAAGCAAAAAGACUGCUAUACUGUUCACUAUGCAAAGUUGCUGUCAACUCUGCCUCGCAGCUGGAGGCGCACAACAGUGGGACUAAGCACAAAACUAUGCUGGAAGCUCGGAAUGGAAGUGGAACCAUAAAAGCCUUUCCCCGGGCAGGCGUAAAAGGCAAAGGACCUGUGAAUAAAGGAAACACAGGCCUUCAGAACAAAACAUUUCACUGUGAAAUAUGUGAUGUGCACGUAAACUCUGAGACACAACUGAAACAGCACAUAAGCAGUAGAAGGCACAAAGACAGAGCUGCUGGGAAGCCGCCUAAACCUAAAUACAGCCCUUACAACAAACUCCAAAAGGGAACACAUCCUCUAGGGGUAAAAUUAGUAUUUUCAAAGGAACCUUCAAAGCCAAUGGCUCCACGAAUCUUACCAAAUCCGCUAGCAGCUGCAGCAGCAGCUGCUGCUGUGGCUGUGAAUUCCCCCUUCAGUCUUCGCACAGCCCCAGCAGCCACCCUUUUCCAGACUUCAGCACUUCCUCCAGCACUCCUACGACCAGCUCCAGGGCCUAUACGGACCACCCAUACUCCCGUGCUGUUUGCUCCUUACUGAACUCCAAACAGGAAUUAAUUGUACUGCAAUAAUUUUUCAAAUCAAAUCAAAACAAAAAAAAAAAAAGAAAAUCAAGAACAUUGAACUAUGCAGUGUUUAUUUAUAGUUUAAAGUAUAUAUGAAGAGCCAGGACUUUUGAUAGAGAACUGAACAAAUUCUAAAAGGGGGAAUGGGCAGUAUUUUCUCCAGAUGAGAACAUUCCUCUUGAGUAUUGAUCGUUUUAGAACUGAUCUCCAGCAUUGACUUGUAGUGACAUAUAAAACUUAUGAAGCCUUUUGACUGUGCUUUUUGGCACAUAUUUCCCUGCAAUGUCUUUCCUGCUUUAUGAAACAACUUACAAAUUUGUCUAAAGGGCAUUAACUGGUUCCAAUGUACAUAAAAUACUUUAUUCUGUAGAUUAAAGAAGAAGGAAAAAAAAAGAAACACUGUGAAUAGUAGUACCCUUACCAAUCCUCCUGCCAAAUCAGCAGUUACUGGGUAUUUAUCUGAACAAAAGUAGAUACAAUAGAUGUCUUGUAAAACAGUAGUAUUGUGUCUCUAUCUAUGCCACUAGGUUUCUAACUGAGUUGCAAAAGAUAAAAUGAACAAAUUAUGUCACUUUGGUAAGUAGUCAAAAAUGAUGACAAUGACGUGGAGCUGUUCCUGGUGAGCAAAAAUUGUUUUCCUCACCCGUAGAAGAAUGGGCGUGAAGAUAUUCUAUGGUUAGGGCAAAGCAAAUGAUAAAGAAGAUUUAGCGGGGAAAAAAAAAUCUAGAUGCUGUACACAGACUAGGUCAAACUUUUAUUUAACUGAGAACGUAUGUGUACAGUGUGUGUAUAUUCAAAAGGUGUAAUACAUACAGGGUAGAUCAAUGUCUAAGGCAUGCCAGUGGACAGCAAAAAAUAAACUCCUGUAAUGACAAAGGCCUGACACUUUAGUAUUGAGCAGAGGGAAGACACAAAUGGGUUACGCAUAGUCAUAACUAGCAAAUUAAAAGCAGGAGAGAAAUCCUGGCCUCAUUUAAGUCAGUGUAAAGUUCCUCCUGACUGCAAUGUAGCCAGAAUUUCAUCCCAAGAAUGGCACAUAUUCUUUUUAUAUCACACCAGUGGGAGUGUCUGUAGAUACAGGUAACAUUUUUUGCAAUAGGCUUAGUCUUAGAAACAGAUUUAUUCUCUUUAUUUCCUACUGAUGUGACAUAAAAUGUCUUAAUACACCUAUAAAAUGUAAACAGCAACACAGGAGAUACAUAUUACAAGAUAACUGCACAUCGUGGGUUUGGAACAAAUACAACCUUUAGGAUCUGAAAGGACCCUUGAAUUCUGUAGCUGACCUUUACGUAUGGACAGCUUAAA